AUGGCUAAAGGCAAAACUGAAGCCAGGUCGACCGACCAGCUCAACGAGUCCGAGUUUGGUCAUUUGGAGUCGGAAAAGUAUCUCUACGAGCAGCGUUAUAUCCCCGUCCAACACUUUGAGGAUGAUGAAAACGUUCCCUAUCGAGUGAUCCUCAGCACCUAUCUCAUGUACUUUAUCCUGAUCCUCAUUGGAAAGAUGACGGACUUUUUUGCCAGCAUCUUUGACAAGGAUUACCAGCAGUGGCUGCUGCCGCACGAUGGAUAUGCCCCUUUGGUCACGAAAUUCGAUUCAUUUUACACGCGCCGGCUCAAGGACCGGCUCGGCGACUGCUUCAGCCGGCCGACCACAGGUGUGCCUGGUCGUUUGAUAAAGGUUAUGAUGCGGCGCUUCGCUGAGCGUAGGGUGUUUGCUCAGCUCGAGGUCACCGGCGAGGUCAGAGACUGUAUCAAUCUCAGCUCGUACAACUACCUCGGCUUUGCUCAAUCAGUCGGUCAGUGCACUGAUGCUGCGGAGGAAGCCAUUUACGAGCGCGGCCUUAUUGCAGGUGGCACACGCUUUAAUGGUGGUUGUUCUGACAUGCACGAGGAAACUGAGAAAAUUGUGGCUCAGUUCGUCGGUAAAGAAGUUGCCAUGUUGUAUUCUAUGGGAUAUGCGACCAAUGCCAAUUUUUUCGCCAGUAUUGCUGAUAGACACUGUUUGGUGCUCAGUGAUGAGCUUAACCAUGCCUCGAUCCGUACUGGUCUGCGAGUAGCCGGUGCGGUUGUAAAAGUGUUCAAGCACAACAACAUGAAGAAUCUCGAGGAAAUGAUCCGUGAGCACAUUGCUCAGGGCCAGCCCAAGACUCAUCGGCCAUGGCUCAAAAUUUUUGUCGUAGUAGAGGGCCUCUAUUCAAUGGAAGGUACCUUGUGCAACCUGCCCGAGCUCAUAAAGUUAAGAGAAAAGUAUGGCAUCUACCUUUUCGUGGAUGAAGCGCACUCCAUUGGUGCUAUGGGCCCCCAUGGUCGUGGUGUUUGCGAUUACUUUGGCGUUGACACAAAGAAUGUUGAUAUUUUGAUGGGAACUUUCACCAAGAGUUUCGGCGCAACCGGUGGCUACAUUGCCGGCUCUAAAGAACUAAUUGAACGAUUGAAGGUGGCCAACAUGGCAAAUGUUUAUGCUGAAGCACCUACUCCGCCAGUGCUUGCUCAAAUUCAAGCCUCGCUGAAAACUUUGAUGGGAGAAAUAAACCCCGGCGAGGCUCGCGAACGACUCCAGCGCUUGGCAUUCAACACCAGGUACUUCCGUCUUGGUCUUCUCCGCAUGGGAUUCGUUGUGUCUGGGCAUAUUGACAGUCCUGUUAUUCCACUGAUGUUAUACCACCCUUCGAAAAUGCUGGCAGCUUCUCGACUCCUGCUGAAGAAGAACGUUGCUGUCGUGCUGGUAGGAUACCCCGCGACUCCACUCUUAAGCUCCCGUAUUCGGUUCUGCAUGUCUUCCGCUCUCAAGAAGUCCGACUUGGAUUACUGUCUCCAGAAAGUUCAGGAAGUCGGCGACGAGAUCUGGCUCCGGAUUUCCCAACAAACAGGCAAAGAUGGUAAACGGCUCCGCAAAUCGUUCGAAGAGGCUCAAGUCGGACUCGUGGAGGCCGCUUUGGACCCGGAAACCAACCUCGAAUUCAUUUAG